CCCUUUUUGCGGGCCCUUAAAAGCCUCCCAGACCGGGCGGUGUUGGGGGGGACCACUUCCAAACAGAGAGAGAGAGAGAGAGACUCGCCAUUCACUAAGUCAACUGUUCGGUCGCAACCAGAGUUUCUUCAACAUGGAUAAUCAUUCCUACAACUUUCCAUCCGACUGCACCCCACUCACAAACUGCAAGUCGGCCCGCAAGCCGGCGGGUUCCACCGUGGUGAACAUGGGCAACCCGGGGAAGAACCCUCCCCGGGACUACCUGCUCUGGUCGCUCUGCAACACCUUUUACGUCAACUUCUGCUGCUUGGGCUUCAUGGCACUCAUCUACUCCAUCAAGGCCCGGGACCAGAAGACUCUCGGGAACCUGCAGCUGGCUCAGGAGUGCUCAGACAAGGCCAAAUGGUACAACAUCCUGGCCGCCGGCUGGAACCUGCUGAUCCCUCUGCUGGCCAUCGUCCUGAUCGUCCUCCUGCUCGUCCACCUCGGCUCCUCUCAGGGCUCCUUCGAUUUCCUGGGAGAGGACGGUUUCCAAAACUUCCUCAAGCUGUUCAGCUGGUAGAUGAAGGAGGAAAGAAAUAAAAUCUCUGAUUGGAUUCAGAAGACGAUGACAGACGUUAGAAUUAGUCAAAAUGUUUGUUUUCGACUUGUCCUAUGCAGAUGUGUUAAAACUUCUGCUCACAAUCUGAAUUAACUGUAACACUGAUAAUUUAUUUUAGCAGUAUUAGCGUCUCUCUGCCAAUAAUUAGAUGAAUACGAAAACGUCAAGGCGGAUUUAAGCAAUAUUUUUGAAACAGUGCCAUGAAUGUGACUUACAUCUGAGCUGUUGCUAGUACGAAAAGGCAAAAAAACUUUAGAGCAUGCUGAUGUUUUAUGUGGUGAGCCAAAGCUGACAUGGCCCGAAAGACAAAAUGAAGGAAUGAAAGAAUAACAUUACAGGGAAAGUUUACAUUUUUUGAAGUAAUUUAAAAUUAUUAUAAGUAUGUGUAGUAAAAGAUGUGAUAUCACGAGUUUGGUGAAGCUAGCUGUUAGCAGUGGGAUGCUAAAAGCUAGUCACAAAGCAGCAUUUUAGCUAGUUUCAGCAGGUUAGCAUCCCGUCCACAUGGAACAGUUUUUUUAUGCUAAAAGAGAAACGUUUUAACAAUUUUUGCUCCAUGUCUACAUGGAGAUGGCGUUUUGGUCACCCUAAAUGUUUUUUUAUGGUUGUUUUUUUUUAACAUUUUCCAGAGUAAAAAAUUCACUCGUGUAUUUGGACAACAAAAACACAUUUUUUGUGAAAUCUCCGACAUGCUAGCUUACAAUCUAGCCUGACCUAUAACCUCAGACAUAUCAAAUGCGACAAUGGCAGAUUACAUGUUCCACAAAAGACUUCCCUUGCGUUGGUUUUGUUGCGGCAGCUUUACGUCCACAUGUCCCACAGUGGAUGUUUAGCGCCACCUACAGGUCAGGAGGAGACAAAAAUGAGGCUAUUCUCUAUCUGGGUUUCCUUGCGGAAGGAAACAUUUCUGAAAGCGGUCCCGCGUGAACCCGAGUGUUUUCGAUAACAACCCGUUUUAGGAGAAAAAUUGUUCCUGUGUGGCCGAGAUCUAAAACAACUCUAACUGAAAAUGUGCAUGGCUGUGGUACAUGGAGCUAUGUCACAAGAUAUUGUCCACAUUUCAUAAGUUUGUCCAUGUCUUCUCUCAGCUAGACAAUGUCCAUGUGACUACGCUAAAACUACGUCAGCGGAUACCAUUGCACAAAAUCUAAAGAAAUCCCAAGGGUUUUUAAAGGCUAAGUCAUGGCCAGUCACAAAAUCCAGCUUCUCUGCUUUAUUUUUGGUAUUUAUUGUAUUUAUGUGAAGUACAAUUUGACUGGCUGUUGGAACUGUCUUUGGUCAGGAUAGAUUGAGAUUGAGAACUGAAAUAACAAACAAACGUGGAGCCAAAGUUUGCAACGGACAAUGAAUUCGUUUUCAUCUUCCAGCAUUUCUCACAUUACUUUAUACAUCUUUUCAUCAUUUUAUACGUUUUGCUUUUUGUUGUUUGGUGCUUUGAAGAUUUUUCUGUUGUAUUGCCUUGCUGUUUUCCAUAUAUGAAUAAACAAAUCAGACUGUAUGUUAGCACAGUACAUCACAGAAAGACGGAAAAGAGAUUUAUUUAUCUUUCCAUGUUGAGGUCUCCACGCAGCCGAGUCGUUUUCUGUCGCCGCCCAGCCAACGGGAACAGGUGCCGAGAGGUGUUCCUUCGGCUGGCCCCUGCGGUUCCCGCCGCUGCACCCACACCCAGCUUUAAAGCAGUCAUUUUGGGUUUCCGUGGCCCGUCUCCGGGGUGGGUCUUGCUCCCAGCUGUGUGUUUGGCCCGCUAGCAUUUUUACAUGCACACACACAAAACACCCAGUUCUGGGAACCGUGUCGAAGGUGCCCUUCGGGUGAGAGGCGGAGCCGCCCAGGAUGACCACCGCAGAGGGCCAAAUGCGGCGGCCUGCAGCGGAACGGGGACGCGGUCCAAGUCUGCUGGUUCUGCUCUGAGUUUAACGCGAGACAUUUCCGAAAAGACAGUCUUGGCUCUAGUUGUCGCUUCCUGACUGGUUAGAGUCGCUGGACUCGCUUAAUUUAAAGUUUCAGUCCCACAGUUUACUGUUACGUCCAUAAAACAAGGAAAAACAAAUAAAGUCCAAAAUUGCAGGCUUCAAAUUCAAUGGCGAACAUUUACAGUGUUGAGGUCAAGUUCAUAGACAUCAAAAAAAUUCCACUUUAACUAAUAAUCUGUAUUUGUUCAUUUGUCUCUUUAAUCCUGCUUAUGUGAUGCAACACAUAUAUACAGUAUGUUAACAUGUAACAUCCAUUUCUUCCUGAAACACACCCACUCAGCUGAUCUGCAGUCCAGCCGCCACCCCCACGCUAAAUCUCCAAGAUUCCCCCAGGUUUUCCUUGUGCCACUCAUGUGAUUUCAGCGUUGCGCUCCUCCUGACGCCCUUCACAUUAGUAGCUUCUCUUUUAUUUAUAUCCGCCCAAAUCACAGCCCAGGGCUUCUAGCUUUCUAUUUUCCUUCUGUGGUCUGAGGCAAAUGCUUACAGAUGUCUGAGGGGAAAUUACAGGAUAGAUUUGGGCCCUACAGUAGGAGGAGGAGGAGCGUACUUCCUCCUGCUCUUUUCAGGAGCUUUUCUUCCCCCCCCCAGUGGCGAUGGAAGCAACAGAAAGUCUUGCACCGGGGCCCAAAGCACUAGUGUUAAACCAGACCUCUAACAAAAUGAUGUCUCUAAAACCAUAAAGACAGUUUUUGUAUUUGUUGUCGAUCAAAGUCGAAUGGUAAGACGACGAAAUAUUCAAAUUCAGUGCACUGAAUUAGAACUCGUUGGAAAUUGAACUGAAAAUAAAAAAUUAAGUCUU